AUGCCCUGCACGUGCGAGGCAAACUGCUACUCGUGCACACGCACCAAGGACUGUGUGGUUUGCUCCAACGCCCAGUACUUGCUGGAUGGCGAGUGCUUGGAGGAAUGCCCACCUGGCUACCACGGUGAGGGGCAAGGCAACUUCCGCCGUCGCUGUGUGGCGUUCACGUCGUCCACCAGCACGUCCACAUCCACAUCCACGUCGACAUCCACAACAUCAUCCACGUCCACGUCAUCGUCGACCUCAACCUCAACCUCAUCCUCCUCCACCUCCGAGCUGAUUGGCUUGGACCCGGAUGGCCCGUUCUGUGUUGGCCGCCGUCGCGUUGACAACGGCAUGCCCUGCACGUGCGAGGCAAACUGCUACUCGUGCACACGCACCAAGGAGUGCAUUGUUUGUUCCAAUGCCCAGUAUUUGCUGGACGGCGAGUGCAUCGAGUUGUGUCCAUCUGGCUACCACGGUCAAGGGCAAGGCAACUUCCGUCGCCGCUGUGUCGCAUUCACAUCGUCCACCAGCACGUCCACGUCCACGUCGUCAUCGACCUCGACAUCAAGCACGAGCAGCACGUCCACAUCCACAUCGACAUCCACGUCCACGAGCACGUCCACGUCCACCUCUACCUCCACCUCCACGUCGACGUCAACCUCCACCUCCUCCUCGACCACCGCGGCACCGUCGCGCUACGAGGUGCGCUUUGAAGGCAUCCAGGGCCUCGACGGAAACCCGCGCCAGUUCUCCACAGCAGAGGACCCUGCCGCCAUCAUCACCACCAUGUUUGUGCCAUCUGUGGUUGCGUGCAGAGACGCGUGCCACGAGGACGGCAUGUGCGCCGGGUUCUUCGUUGUGUUCUACUCGCCUUCGUUCGUGUGCACCCUUCUCAAUGACAUUGGCACCGCAGAGGGCGUUCCCUCCUCCACCGCUUCUGUCAGCGUCGAACGUGUGCUGCUGGUUGAGACGACCACAACCACGACCACAACCACAACCACGACGACCACCACGUCUUCCACCACAACGGUGACCACGACAACGAGUGGACAAGUGUGCAUUGGCGGACGCACCAUGGAGACGAUGGAACCAUGCUCGUGCCCUUCCAACUGCUUCGAGUGCACGGGCUCUGUGUGUUUGCGCUGCCAAAACUCCUUUGUCCUCUUUGAGGCAUCGUGCGUCAUGGACUGCCCCCAGGGCUACACUCUGGAGCUUGUGCAAGACGUCUGGACUUGUGUGUGGGAUAACAUGUCUGGUGACUCUUCUGGUGACACGCCCACGACCACGUCAACCGUGCCCCCAACCACCGCAACCACCACCACAACAACUACCACAACUACGACGACAACCACAACUACAACCACGACUACCACGUCAACAACGACCACGACAACUACUUCUACCACGACCACGACAACAACGACCACGACAACCACUUCUACCACGACCACAACAACAACAACAACAACAACAACAACAACAACAACAACAACAACAACAACAACAACAACAACAACAACAACAACAACAACAACAACAACAACAACAACAACAACAACGACGACGACGACGACCACCACCACCACCACCACCACCACGACCACCACAACCUCCACGACAACCACUACGACGACGACGACCACCACCACCACCUCCACGACCACGACCACAACAACCACCUCAACAACCACCACCACGAUGCUUGUGGUGACAAGCACCACGACAACGACGACAACAACAACGACCACCACGACAUCUAGCACAACGGACACUGGCAGUGGAUCUAUCACGCUGAGCAUGCCAGACACGACAACCAGCACAACCACCACGAGCACACCUGUUGUUGUGACAAGCACGACCACCACAACCACGUCGUCAUCCUCGUCGUCUGUGGAGCUUCCCAUCAUCAACUCCACCCUUGACCGCCCCUUCUGCCUCGAGGGCGAGCCGUCGUUCCUUCGCCUGCAGCUGGAAAAGGGCUUCUCCAACAGCCAGGUUGCCGCGGCUUUCCGUACGGACGGGUCUGGGUUGCUCGUGUACGCCGGCCCCGAGGCGGGCGGAAGCGACUUCCUUGCGCUCCUCGUGUUUGAUGGGCAGGUGAUCUUUGCCUUUGACACGGGCGAUGGCGUGCAGCUUGUGGCCACGGCCGGCACCAACUACACCGACGACAACUGGCACAUGGCUGUUGCGGACCGCCGCACGGUUGCUGGCAUUGCUGUCUUUGUCACACUUCGCGUCGACGACGAAACCAUUGAGCAGUCCUUCCCCAUUGGCGACUCUGGCGGCGCCCUGCAAGUGUCCGAGCUGCUGUAUGUUGGCGGCACGGACCAGGAGCUGCCGCUGCCGCUGCGCGCGUUUGAGCCGUCCAACUUCCAGGGCUGCCUCGACCACGUCACCUUUGACGGCGUCGACAUCUCGCUUGAUUCCCCACUGCUGCUUCGCGCGUUUGGCGUUGCGCGCUGCUCGCAGGCGCGCUUCGACACGGAGCGCUCGUAUGUGCUCUACAACGACGUGCUGUCGACGGCGGAGGAAGAAAGCGCCAUUUCGCUGCAGUUCAAAACCCUGGACGCGGACGGCGUUUUGCUGUACAUUGGCUCCGCCAACGCGUCGGCCGAUUUUGUUUCGCUCACGCUGCGAAGUGGACAGGUUGUCCUGCAGCAAAAUUUUGGCGAUGGCGUCUCAUCCGUUCAAACAGCGCAGAUUGGCGGUUUCGCGGAUGACAUGUGGCACCGCGUGGACCUCGCUCGCUCGGGAUCCAUCACGGUCAUGGUUGUCGACUCAACACAGUACCCGCCCGCCUCCAACAGCGAGCGCGUGCUCAACACGGACGGAAAUGUGUUUGUGGGCGGCGUGUCGCAAGAGGCCCAGGCACCAAACUUCCAAAUGCUGCACGCAGACGGAUUCACGGGCUGCAUUCGCGGCGUGAAUGUCAACGGCGCCGCCCUCUUGCCAACAAUGAGCACAGCGGACAUCAGCCUUGGGGUCCAGGCGUGCGCCAGCUGCAACUAGACGACAAACGAGAAGAAGACUUAUUCUGUUUGCACCCGUGUGUGUAUAUGUGUGUGUAUGUGUGUGUGUGGGGGGGGGGGGCAGCUGUGGCUGGGGCCGCUGCUGGCCUCUCGUGUUCCUUACGCUUUUCGGCCUCGUGUCAUUUUCAUUCAUCUUUCUUCGUUCUCACUGUUCUUGUGUACGUGUGUGUGUGAUUUGAUGAGUUAUACAGUAGCCCCAACUUCUUCUGCCUUGUCAUUGUUUUGCUUCGUGGUUGCCGCUCUCUUGUGCGACAGCCGUUGUUACUUUCUGAGCCUGUGUGUGAGUGAUGUGUGUGUGAGUGAUGUGUGUGUGAGUGUGUGUGUGUGUUCGUGAUGUUGGGUGUCUUGCUGUGUAUAGAGAGGGUCCUCCUGAGCAUGUGCUGUGCGGUUUUGUUGUGUCGUUCUUUGUGUUCCACGUGCACUGACACGAGCUCGUGUAAUUAAACAAAGCUGCUGGGAAA